GUACAAAAUGCGGCUGCAAGGCUUUUGACAAAAACAAGAAAGUUUGAUCAUAUUACGCCUAUACUGGCUCACCUGCACUGGCUUCCUGUGCACUUAAGAUGCGACUUUAAGGUUUUACUACUUACGUAUAAAAUACUACACGGUUUAGCUCCAGCCUAUCUCGCUGAUUGUAUUGUACCAUAUGUCCCGACAAGAAAUCUGCGUUCAAAGAACUCCGGCUUAUUAGUGAUUCCCAGAGCCAAAAAAAAGUCUGCGGGCUAUAGAGCGUUUUCGAUUCGGGCUCCAGUACUCUGGAAUGCCCUCCCGGUAACAGUUAGGGAUGCUACCUCAGUAGAAGCAUUUAAGUCCCAUCUUAAAACUCAUUUGUAUAAUCUAGCCUUUAAAUAGACCCCCCUUUAUUUAGACCAGUUGAUCUGCCGUUUCUUUUCUUCUCUCCUCUUCUCCCCUGUCCCUUGCGAGGGGGAGUUGCAUAGGUCCGGUGGCCAUGGAUGAAGUGCUGGCUGUCCAGAGUCGGGACCCCGGGUGGACCACUAGCCGUGCAUCGGUUGGGGACAUCUCUGCGCUGCUGACCCGUCUCCACUCGGGAUGGUUUCCUGUUGGCCCCGCUGUGGACUGGACUCCCGCUGAUGUGUUGGAUCCACUGUGGACUGGACUUUCACAAUGUUAUGUCAGACCCACUCGACAUCCAUUGCUUUCGGUCUCCCCUAGAGGGGGGGGUUACCCACAUAUGCGGUCCUCUCCAAGGUUUCUCAUAGUCAUUCACCGACGUCCCACUGGGGGCCUUGCCACCGAGGUGCUUAUUAACUACCCCGGCAACCUCAGCCCCAGAAAUAGGAGAGCCCACCACAGAUUCCCCAGGCACUGCUUCCUCAUUGGAAGACAUGUAGGUGUGAUUGAGGAGGUCUUCGAAGUAUUCCCUCCACAGAUCUACAACAUCCUGAGUCAAGGUGUUCUCCAUACAUCUGUUGUCCUCCUCACUGAGAUGUGUGAGAGAAGUCCUGACAUGCUGUCUCACUUCAGAAAGCUGGUUCCACAAUUGGUGAGAAUCCUGAAGAACCUCAUCAUGUCUGGAUACUCUCCUGAGCAUGAUGUGUCAGGCAUAAGUGAUCCUUUCUUGCAGGUGCGGAUAUUGAGACUACUGAGGAUUUUAGGCAGAAGUGACGAUGACUCCAGUGAAGCAAUGAAUGAUAUUCUUGCACAGGUUGCAACGAACACAGAGACAAGUAAAAAUGUUGGAAAUGCAAUCCUGUACGAGACAGUAUUGACGAUCAUGGACAUCAAGUCCGAAAGUGGACUGAGGGUUCUGGCUAUUAACAUAUUGGGUCGAUUCCUCCUUAACAAUGACAAAAAUAUAAGAUAUGUGGCAUUGACAUCCCUACUAAAGACGGUACAGACAGACCACAAUGCAGUGCAGAGGCAUCGAAGUACCAUUGUGGAUUGUUUAAAAGACCUUGAUGUGUCCAUCAAGAGACGUGCAAUGGAGCUGAGCUUUGCCCUGGUGAAUGGCAACAACAUUAGAGGCAUGAUGAAAGAGCUUCUCUACUUCCUAGACUCUUGCGACCCAGAAUUCAAAGCGGACUGUGCGUCAGGAGUCUUUCUAGCAGCAGAAAAGUAUGCUCCUUCGAAAAGAUGGCACAUAGACACCAUAAUGAGAGUUCUGACAACAGCAGGCAGCUACGUGCGCGAUGAUUCUGUUCCUAACCUUAUUCAGCUCAUCACCAACAGUGUUGAGAUGCACGCAUACACUGUACAGAGACUUUACAAAGCCCUUCUAGAUGACAUUUCACAGCAACCUCUCGUACAAGUGGCAUCCUGGUGCAUAGGGGAGUAUGGAGACCUGCUGGUGUCUGGACAGUGUGAAGAAGAGGAACCUAUUCAGGUGACUGAAGAUGAGGUUCUGGAUGUCUUGGAAGGCCUUUUAGUAUCCAAUCUGUCGACUCCUGUGACUCGGGGCUAUUCACUUACUGCCAUCAUGAAGUUGUCAACUCGCUUCAGUGGUGUCAACCGAAUCAAGAAGGUGGUGUCAAUAUACGGCAGUAGCAUCGACGUGGAGCUGCAACAGAGAGCUGUAGAGUACAACGCACUUUUCAAGAAAUAUGACCACAUGAGGCCUGCUCUUCUCGAAAGAAUGCCCAUCAUGGAGAAAACUGCCACAAAUGGCCCCACAGAGAUUGUGCAAACUAAUGGGGAGACGGAACCCUCUGUUGGGGAGCCAAAACAUCCACCCCUUGUCAGUCAGCCAACUAACCACGCAAAUGAUUUAUUAGACCUCCUUGGCGGUAAUGAUGUGGUGCCUGUAAUCCAGACGACUGUGUCGCCCAAGCUUGCUUCAGCUGGGGGGGAGCUCCUGGACCUGCUUGGUGACAUCUCAUUAAGUGGUGCUCCAGCCCCUGCUCCUACUCCCUCUGCACCUGCCUCCCAACCCCCUUUUCUCCUGGAUGGCCUCUCCUCACAGCCCCUAUUUAAUGACAUUGCAGCUGCAGGUAUUCCUCCUAUGACGGCCUACAACAAGAACGGUCUCAAAAUAGACUUCACGUUCGAGAGGGCAAACCCCAACCCUAACGUUGCGGUCAUCACCAUCCAUGCUUCCAACUCUACAGAGGCAGACAUGACAGAGUUUGUUUUUCAGGCUGCAGUACCAAAGACAUUCCAGCUGCAGCUCCUGUCCCCUAGUAGUAAUGUCGUCCAAGCACUCAACCAGGGAACUGUCACACAGGUCAUCAGAGUCCUUAACUCACAGAAGCAACAGCUGCGCAUGAGGGUGAAGCUGACGUACACCCACAAAGGCUCACCUGUCCAAGACCUGGCUGAGGUCAAUAACUUUCCCCCUCAGUCGUGGCAGUGAUACGUUGCUUCAUUUGCUCCUAAAAGCCUCUCUCCAAAGGGGACUAUGAAAAUUAUUUUCUUUCGCCUUUCUUCCCCCCCCCCACUCAAUUCCCUUCCUUUCUUCCAAUGGACCCGCUCAAAAGACUCAGAAAAAAACGCUGCCCUCCAGUCGCAGCAGUGUCUUUAACGAAGGAAAAAAACAAAAGGGUGGGAUUACCUAUCAAUCAAUGACCUUUUCUUAAUUGGUGUCAUGUCCUUUGCUACUUUUUUUCACUCAUCGCCCUGUAUGAACAGACUAGUAAAUAUGAAAUGAUUAACACUUCAAGUAAUAUUUAAGAUUGUUCUUUAAAUACCUUUAUAACGGUUUAUCAGAUGAUUUACUUCAUGUUUGAAAAGCAUUCAUCAGCUGAGAGUGUACUCGCUUCUUUGCGUCACAAUCACACUCAGACCUUCUAGCAGAAUGGCCACAUUUCAUCUGAAAAUGUUGGACUUGGUAAUUGACAACUUCACUGCAUAGGUUUCCUCACAGUCUAUAUAUCGCUUGUAAGGAGGUCUAUGUGUUUAGUUUUAGUCAAGGAAGGUCAGAAUCCUUUGACUCACUCAAAUGUUUUUCCUUGUGGCUCAUGUUACCUUGUCACUGGGACACAUUUUAUCUGGUUGCACAAACCCAUGUAAUUGAAGCCUGUUAUGAAUGUAGUUACAUGCACUGAAUGCUGGUCUCCCCCUUUUAGUUUGUUUCCAUAGCUGUUGAGACUGUCAUCACAUUGGCACUAUUUCUGUGAAAGUAUGUUUGAUUUCUGCAGUAAAUCCACUUGAUUAUUUAUGCCUGAUAUCAAAGUUGACGUGCCUUUCUGACUUAGAGGAACAGUUCAUCAUGAGCUUUGUUAGCCUGAUCACCAUCUAUUAGAAAUUGGUAUUUAUGGUCUCACUUUUUUUUACAUUUCAAGCGCUUAGAGCUUUCUGUUGUGGUGGUGGGUUCAGCGUACAUCUCCUUCAAUCAUGUCUUACUUUGAAACUUUAACAACAGGAACCUGAUCCAGAUUGUCCUUAAAUGAUGCUGUUUAGCUUCAUUUGUGCCCAUAAGACCCAAAACACAACACAUCGUUCAAAAUUGGUGGCAGCUAAAGUUUCAUAGGAUGGCGUCAAGCCUUCAUCAAGAUUCUGUCAUCUGAUUGAUGGAUUGAGUGACGUACUGGGACGGGUUUGGACUUUUUAGUGCUAUGGAUCUUGGUUCUGGUGGUCUCUGAAUCACAGGUCUGACUGUUGGGGAGGCUAACGUUAAUACCUCACAAUGUUCUAUUCUUCUUUGAGUGGCUGGCCUGGCUGAGGUCUUCCCUGUUGCAAUCUGCGUGACAGACGCUAACAGAAGUUAUUAGGUGAUCAAAAUCGGAGACUAUUAGCUUUGGAAAUAUUUUUCAGCGACAAUGUGUGUAUAUGGAGGAAAUAAUUUCACUUUAAUCUUUCUGUUACUGACAAAUGCUAUAUUAGCUUUUUUUCUGUACAUAUUGAGGGCUUUUACAGAUGUUUUGUCUCUUGUACUAUCUUCCAUCUUUUUUUUUUUUAGAUGCCAUUUUCGAAAACCAGUAUAUUGUCUAAGUAGUCCUAGUCGUCAACGUCAGGCCUCCCUGUAUCACCACUCAUUCGUUGUAAAAGGUAUAUGAUCUGCUACCUGUACAUUGUAUAUAAUUGUAAAACAAACAAAGGCUGAUCCAGUUAAUUAAAUAAAAAAAAACCACAUGAAGACUUCAACAGAUUAGCUAGGAAAUCUAAUUGUGUGCAUAUAUGUACAAAAGAUUCCUAAAACUGAUGCAAUUGCAUUUGAUUUACUGCGUCUUCGUACUUUUGGCUCUUGACUGGAUGUCUUUUUACAAAGCUAUCUGAAUGAUGACCUGUACUACUGAGAAACCACAAUUCUGCACCUUGUUGCAUCAGCUUCCUCGCCCUUCAAACGAUUGCUCUCGUCCUGCCUUUUUUUUUUUUUUUGGAAAUAAGUGUGCUUCUCUCUUCUUUUUUUGCACCUUUAAAUGCCUCUCCCUCUUUUACAUUUUUACUAUACUUUUAUUUUUCUUUAAUGCAAUACUUCCUCUUUCAUUCUAAAUAUGUCCAUAGUAUGCCCAAAAUAAUGAUGACUGUGAGUCAGCUGUUAAAAAAGUGGCAGGAGAAAGACAAUUAAUGCCCACAUGAGAGAGCUGUGCAAGAAAAUAAUCCAGAGUCCUAGUCCAGAAUGUUUUUGUUGGUGUUGUUUGUCUUGUCUUUUUCAGUGUGUAGUCAGUGCCCUUGGAUCAAGCCACAAUGCAAAUCCACGUGUGUUAAUGCUAACAUAAACCCAAUUUAAGUGCUUUGGACAUGCGAAGAAGACAAAAGCAUCAGCAGAUUGAUUUCAGUUGUGUGUUUUUGUGUGUGUGAGAUUAUGACUGUGUGUGUGUGUGUGUGUGUGUGUGUGUGUGUGUGUGUGUGUGUGUGUGUGUGUGUGUGUGUGUGUGUGUGUGUGUGUGUGUGUGUGUGUGUGUGUGUGAGAUGCCAUAAUUUACAUGAUUUUUGGCGCAAAUGUCAAUUUGCAGUGUGUAACUGCAUUGCAUGUGUAAGUCAGUGUAAAUAUUGUCAUUUCUACUCUACCUGAUUUUUUUUGUUUUGGAAAAAUGCAAGAGUCUGUCUGUCAUGAGGGGCACUAGUGACAUGUACUUUAGGACUUUUGAUGAUCAUAACGAGGACUAAAGAUGGUGACCAAUGAAGUGCACACGCUUUUGAAUCAGUUGGAUUUCACUAUCACUCUUCUUGAAAACAUUCACGCAAUUUUGCAAUCUAAUAUUUGAUUUCAAGAUUCCCUUUUUUAGCUUUUUUUCCCCUUCAUUUAAGUAAAUCCUAUGGUUUGGCGUGGCUUCUAGGUCAGUGUGAAUGUCAGACUGAAAGUAUGAUACUGUACAUGAAUAAAGAUGAGUUGUAAACUAUUAAAUGGGAUAUUUUCAA